AUGUCAACAUCUUCGAUUCCAGUUGCAUCCGUUCAAUUGAUUUAUACAGUUCAGCAUCCAUGUCAUGUUGUCAAUUGUGAUCGUGCGAUUGAAACACUCGGUGGCCGACAAAAGCUCGUUGAUGUAUUUAGCCAUUCGAGUACGUCGCAAUUAACAUGUUCAUUUACUCCAUCGAAUAUCUACGAACGACCCUUACGUGCUGAGCGUCAAAAAACAACGGGGCUUUUGAUUCGUUUACGACGGAAUAAACGAACGAAAGUUGUUCAGUCUGUUCAUGUUAUUGGUGUUCUCGACACGUCGUAUACAUUUGAAUCACUAGCCGAUUUUCAGUACUUACCAAUGAUUAGAAAAAAUGAUCAGUAUGAAUCAUUUCUAAAUCGUGUGGCAUUGAAUAGGCAAUGUUUAGAUAAAGAAAAUCUUGAACGACCGUGUCCGUUAAUGUGCAUUCCAGCAAUAUUCUCACGUUUUUUUGAUCCGACAGAUUAUGCCUUUCGACCUGAACCAAAAGCUCGACCAAAACGAACAGCAACGACGAUAACACGCACCAAACAAGCAGUUAAUAGUAACAAACUAACAAAACGAAAUGUUCGAUCUUCUUCAGCACAUCACAUUGGAUUCGACGCAACAGCAGUUCCCAAAGGUAUAACCUUAUUAAUAUUUCCGUUUCUAUUCAAACAUGCAAUAAAAAGAUUUACCAAUAAACUAUAUUAUUUAGGCCCCAAAUCAUCAAACGAUCUUUAUACAAAUGUUGACCAGUCGAUUAUAACCCAUCUUCGUCGUCUGUUCGAUCAGCGACCAAUAUGGACUCGAAACAGUUUAUUAUACCAUUUGAAAAUCACCGAAGUUAUUCUUAAACGUAUUAUUCACCAUGUCGCCUAUUUCUUUUGCAAUGGCCCAUGGAAUCGUUGUUGGGUAAGAUACAACUACGAUCCGCGUUCAGAUCCAAAGUCCAAAAUCUAUCAGAUCGUUGAUUAUCGAGUUCGAGCAAUUCUCGAUCCGGAGAAAAACUUAGUCAAAUCAAGAACAUCAAGAGCUUAUCAUCGUUCAUCAUUGAUUCCUGGUCAGAUGUCAGCUACAUCUACAUCAGUUUCAGCGUCAAAUAUGAAAAACUAUGCAGAAGAAAUGUACAUGUUUAAACGGACAAGUCUGCCGGUUGCACGUUCGAUUCAUUACCAACUAAUUGAUAUUCAAUUAGACGAAGUUCAACAAAUGGUUCAUUCGAACGAUGAACAAGAACAAGAGUGUACAGAAAGCGAUGGCUGGUGUGUUGUUGAUUAUCAAAACCGUGCACGAGAAAUGAUGUCAGCUGCACAUGAGCAACUUUAUCGUCAAUAUCAACGAGAACGUGAGAAUAACGCAACUGGCGAUGAUGAUGAUGGAAGUCAACAGUUAGAAGAAGAUGAAGAAAGUAAUGAUGAAGACGAUGACGACGAAGAUGAAGAAGAUGAUGAUCAAGAUGAAGAAAGCAAUGAUGAAGAAGAAGGUGAUGAUGAUGAUGAAGAACAAAACGACUCGCGCGAUGAAACAUAG